UUCUAUGGUAAAUCUGGCAACAUUACAAGCGUCAAUAAACCCCUUCUGUCAAAUAAGAAGUGCUUGUUAUUUGCCUGAAAUCAACAAAGAAAUGGGAGAUAAACGUUCCUAUCCUCAUUCUAGCACUGAUGAGCCCCCCAAUUCUCGGUUAUUUGUGAUCGGAAGCAAAAUGCUGAAAGAGGAAGACUUCCGAUCUGCUUUCGGAGUGUUUGGGACAAUUGAGGAAAUAUGGGUGGUAAAAGACAGGAGCACUGGGGAAAAUAAGGGUGUGACUUAUAUUAAGUUUGCAAAAACUUCCGAGGCAGCAUGUGCCUUGGAAGCUAUGAAUGGCAAAUCCAUAGGAAAUGUAAAUAGGAGCAUUAAAGUCAUGAUUGCUGCAAGUCGGGACCAAGGAUCUAAAAGGGAAUCCAAUGAGGAAGAAAAAACUUUACGAUUGUUUGUUGUGGUACCUAAAACAAUGACUGACUCGGAAUUAUAUGAUGAAUUUAAAACUUAUGGUGAUAUUGAUUACGCAAAUAUUUUAAAAGACAAGGAAACAAGGGAAAGCAAAGGUUUUGCCUAUGUUAAAUAUUACAAAUUUUCUCAUGCUGCCAUAGCAUUCGAAGAAUGCGAUAAAAAAUACCGCCCUGUGUUCGCGGAACCGAGAAAAUCUCAAAGGGACCUGGAAAUGGACAGGCACUAUUCUGCGCCUAGAGGUCAUGAUCAAGACAACUAUUCCCAAAACAUGCCAAUCGCGCCUCCUCUGGGAAUCCCAGACUUUCACAGCAGCGGCGAAGGCUUCACAAAAUUAAUUGUGAUUGCCAGCCCUGUUUUGAACCAGGACCAAUUGUGGAAGCUCUUCGAUAUAGUACCAGGCUUGGAUUACUGCCACGUGAACUACGAGGGUAGACCGAGACCCACAAGGGCUGUGGCGGAGGUUGCCUAUACGUCCCCGCAAUCGGCAGCCCAUGCGAGGGAAAAACUCCACGGGUUCGAGUACCCCAUGGGGUUCAGGUUGAUCGUGAGACCGGAACAAGACAAUCGGCCGAAUGUCUUCGCCGGAAGAAGCUUGGACAAACCAAAACCUGAUAUUCUACAGAUCGCUGAGACUAUUGCGCAAGCGUCCAGUCUCAUUCAAGCAGCAGGGUUUUCACCGGACAUACUUCAGGCCAAAUUGGGUCUCGGGAACAAAUCCAAUCCGGGUACGAGCAUGGAUCUAGAUAUCCAAUGCAGCGUGAAGUUGCCUGAAAGAAAACCUCUCGCGAAAAUCGAUGAUGAAACAGUGGCCAGGUGUUUUAUUGUGUGCUUUCCAAGUGCCUUACACAACUCAGUAUUAAAGGACGUGUUCUCCAGAUUCGAAAAUCUAAUAGAUGUUUACAUGCUGAACAACAAAAAUUGCGGAUAUGCCAAUUAUUCAACCAAAAAAUCUGCCGAAGAAGCUAUCAAGGUUCUACACGGGGCAGAAAUAAUGGGAAUAAGGAUGAAAGUGAUGGAGGCCCAGGAAAAGCCGGACCAUCAACGAAAAAGGCAGAGAAUCGACAGUCCGUUUUAAAGAGUUGACCUACUACUUUUUGACUUGGACAGACUCGCAGUUAUUACGUUUUACUUUAAUUUUGGGACUAAAUAGUUGACGUAAAAACGAAACAAACUCACUUACUUUUAGUAUAACACUUGUGUAGAACGUUUUCAUGCUUGUAUACAUUAAAUAAAUAAAAUCAUUGGAA